AUGCGAACGAAGGUCAAAGUCAGUGUCUACUGCAUCUUUCUCCUGGGCAUUAUCGACAUCGCAUUUUCUCUCACGCGCUUCUUGACUAUCCAGCUGGGCGACAGCGAAGACUUUCGAUCCUUCACGAUAAUCGGCAAGUCCAUCUCACGAUGCAAGUGCGAGCCAUCAUCUGACCUCUUCUCAGAACUCUGGUGCUCGCUCGACGUGUACAUCGGUCUCGUCAUCUGCUGCAUCCCAGCUCUUAGACCAUAUCUCCAUAGGAAGGGAGUCAACUACAACAUCCAGGAAUCCGGACGUCCUUCCAAGUCCGGCCAUGCGAUACGGCGGACCGGCCAGAGCGGUUUUGAAGAGAUAAUUGAGGGGUCAGGUCUUAGGGGCGAUGGUCAAAAUGAUUCAUGGUCUGGGUCUCAUUCGUGUGAGAUUACAGGGGAUAUGAGUGAUAAAAAGCAAACAGGGAGCGAUGUCGAGCUAGUUAGUAUUGAGGUUAGUAAGAGUAGCGUGUAG